UGAAAAAUCGCAGAGAGAUUUUCUGGAGUUCGCUCAAAGGCACACAGAGAAAGAGGCAUAGAAGGAAAGCAUACAGAGAAGAAAAAAAAUGGGAUGGGUGUGGAGGGACGAUGAAGACGACAACAAAUCAACUGCGGGUGACAUAAACCCUCGAUCGGUCGGCGAGCGAUGCUCGACGAGGAAGGUGAUGAAGACGCAGUGCAAGACUGAGGAGGUGGAGCCUGGAAAGUUCGUCCGAAAGUGCGAGAAGACCGAGCAGCUUCUCAGGGACUGCGCUGGCAGGCCUGUUGAAGUGGUGCAAUCCAAUAAAGAGUACACUGAAGAUGAUGUCACGGAAGAGGUGCUCAAAGGGUCUGUCUACCUUGGGUCAUCACAGCAUGGAGCAUUUGACUUCCCUGGGCUACGCAGUGAUAUUGAAGACAUUGAACGUACCUUUAUGGGUGGCCUCAGCCGUUUCUUUGAUGCUGCUGAGGAGAUGAGGAAUGGAUUCUUCAGUGCAUUUGGGGUUCCACGCAUCUUUGAUGAGGGACCCUCUUGUUCACUACCAUCUAAGAGGCAAGAGGUACCCAUUGAAGGCGGUCAGCAGGAAGCUUUUCCUAAAGCAAAUGGCGGCAACGACUCAGGGCAAGUUGAUCUUUCUGGGUUAGCAAGAGAUGUUUGAAGCAAGCCCACGGUAGGUCACAUCAAUGUUGUCCAGUAGCUUGUUAAUAGAGUGACCAUCAGCCUUCUGCUGUUAUUUCCUAUCUUCCCGUUCGCCUCAAAAUAGAAUACACAAUAUAUGCAUUUCCUAUGAGGGCUUGACCACAGGGCCAUUUGACAAUAAUGGGUUCAUGUUAUAAUGCAAUGGUUUUAUGUUUUAGCA